CUAUUUCCCAGAAGUCUUUGCGACUAGUGGCAACUGCAAGUCAGACAGUUAGCCGUUUGACAUCAGUUGAACAAUCCAACAUCAGUUAUUAGUCCUCAAGAUAUCUGCCCGCUGCAACGAUGAAAGAUGUUAUUGGCUACCUCAAACAACAGCAGAGCACCAGCUCCACACCGGAGAUGGCGGCACAGUGGCACAGUCUGGAGGAGUUGUACAACAAAAGGUAAAAAAAAAAAACCCUACUCACAGCUAACCUAACUCCUUUUGUCAAAGACCCCUGCUUCAAAACAGGAGAUGGACUCAUACAGCUCUAUGAAAAUUUCAUCAAUGACUUCGAACACCGAAUCAACCCACUGUCCCUGGUGGAGAUUAUCCUGUAUGUUGCUAGGCAGAUGUCAGAGCCAAAGGAUGCCAUCACUUUUCUCGAGAAAACCAAGGAAAAGGUGAAAAGCAGCGACGAAGCCGUCAUCCUCUGCAAGACGUCCAUCGGCAGCCUGAAGCUGGAAAUCAACGACCUUCCUGCCACAAAGAAACUGAUCGAGGAGGUCGAGGAAAUGUUGAAUAAUUUGCCGGGUGUGACAUCCGUACACGGUCGGUUUUACGACCUCAGCAGCAAGUAUUACCGCAUCAUUGGGAACCACGCCUCAUACUACAAAGACGCUCUGCGCUACCUGGGCUGUGUGGACAUCAGAGACCUCCCAGAGACGGAGAAACAGGAGAGGGCGUUCACGCUCGGACUGGCCGGACUCUUAGGAGAAGGAGUUUACAACUUUGGAGAGCUGCUGAUGCAUCCUGUGCUGGAAACUCUGAGGAACACAGACAAGCAGUGGCUCAUUGAUACACUAUAUGCCUUCAAUGGAGGCAACGUAGAGAAAUUCCAGGGCUUCAAGUCUGCCUGGGGCCAACAGCCGGACCUCGCAGCCCAUGAGGCGAAACUGAUGCAGAAAAUCCAGCUGCUGUGUGUCAUGGAGAUGACUUUCACUCGUCCUUCCAACCACAGACAGUUGACCUUCACAGAGAUCGCUCAGAGCACCAAGGUCCCCGUGAACGAGGUGGAGCUGCUGGUGAUGAAAGCUCUGUCCGUGGGUCUGGUCAAAGGCAACAUCGACGAGGUGGAUCAGAAGGUGCAGAUGACCUGGGUACAACCCCGAGUCCUGGAUCUGCAGCAGAUCAAAAGUAUGAAGGAGCGGCUGGACUCCUGGUGCGGAGAUGUGAAGAACAUGGCGAUGCUGGUGGAGCAGCAGGCACAUGACAUCCUCACCUAAGCCGCCCCCUCCUCCUCAGAGAGCGAAUCCCCCCCACCCCACCUGUGUCAAAGCUUUUGAUUUGACUGUGUUUUUUCUUUCUACCGGAUAUAUUUCUUUUGUCAUGGAUUACCUGUAAAAUACACCUUUUACAAAUAAACAUUACUGUUUUCAUCGCCUCAG